AUGGGACAGAAACAGAAGCAGGUUUUGCAAUCGGAUCCCGAUAACGAAAACUCCAAGCGACGUCGUGUUGCAUUUACCGGCAUAGGAUAUGAAGAUGCUGGAGUCGAAGCUAAAGACUGCAUCAGAAUCUUUCUUGUCUCUAGCAAAGAAGAGUUCGAGGAUCCGGAAAGUUUUGUUAUCAAUCCAGUGGAUUUGAAUAGCUAUUUUGAUAAUGAUGGGAAGAUUUUUGGUUACGAGGGAUUGAAGAUUAACAUCUGGGUUAGCAGGAUAUCGUUCUAUGCAUAUGCUGAUAUUGUGUUUGAGAGUUUGUCUGAUCGAGGCAAAGGGGUCACAGAUCUUCAUGAAGCUCUUCAGUCGAUUUUUGCUGAGACUCUUGUUAAGAGCAAGGAUGAAUUCCUUCAAAAGUAUUUGGGGGACAUCAAUUUUGUUAGAUCAAACAUCUCGACCGGGGAGGUUCUGAAGGACAAAGCUUUCAAGCAGGCUGAUUCAGAUGCUUCUAAUGUUGAGGUUGUUCGUUUGGUGGCAGGCAACAUGCCUACCGGACAACUUUACUGUCAUAUUAUACCCCUUGUUCUUCUCCUCGUUGAUGGUAGCAGUCCCAUUGAUGUUACUGAUCCACAAUGGGAGUUGUAUGUCAUGGUUCAGAAGAAAACUGAUCAGCAGGGAGACAUCCAAUAUUUGCUGCUUGGAUUUACUGCUGUUUAUCGCUUUUACCACUAUCGUGGUAACUCCCGAUUGCGGCUGGGUCAGAUUCUGGUAUUACCUCCGUAUCAGCACAAGGGUUAUGGUCGUUUCCUUAUUGAAGUGCUAAAUGAUGUUGCCAUAUCUGAAAACGUUUAUGACCUAACUGUAGAAGAGCCGUUAGAUAACUUCCAACAUGUCCGUUCUUGUAUUGACACACAACGCCUACUUGGUUUUGAGCCAAUCCAGCCUUUAGUUACCAAGGCUGUUUCAUUUCUAAAGAGUGGAAGACUAUCAAAGAAAACACAUUCUCCUCGACUCACGCCACCUCCCAGUUAUGUUGAGGAGGUAAGGAAAAUUUUGAAAAUUACCAAGACACAGUUUCUCAAGUGCUGGGAGGUUUUGAUCUACAUCGGCCUCAACCCUACUAACAAGUACAUGGAUAACUUUGUCAGCGUUAUUUCUGAACGUGUCAAGUAUGAUAUUUUGGGGAAAGAUUCUGGGACUUCUGGGAAGCAACUUAUUGAAAUACCUUGUGAUGUUAAUCCAGAGGCAUCGUUUGUCAUGUUCAAAUCAGGGGCCGGUGAAGAUAUUAUUACUGCACAGAUGGAUGACAAUCAGGCAAACCAAGAAGAGCAACUCCAGAAGUUAGUUCAGGAUAGGGUGAAAGAAAUUCAGUUGAUCGCCAAAAAGGUAACCUCGCAUCUUGAGAGUUCAGAGGUGUCUGUUAAAUAA